AUGGCCACCCACGAGUCGGCGACGCUGCUGCGGACAACGAGUGCGGCGCAAAGUCCAUCGCUUAAGUGUUCAGCUGAUGCAACAACUCCAUCGCUUCCACUUUCUGCUUCUGCAAGUGCUCGCACUUUCACAGAAGAAGGAUCGGCUUUCUCGUCCUUCUUAGGACUCGCCACGACCAUGACGGGUGCCUGUGUUUUGACUCUUCCGGGCGUCGUACAAGCUGUUGGUCUAUUCCCUGCGCUUCUUUUAUUUGCUUUGAGUGCGUGGCUGGCAUUCCACGCUUGUGAAAUGCUCAGCGUGUGCUGCGACGCCACCAACGAAUUUUCAUAUGAGGCGUUAAGCUCUCGUCUCUUCGGCGCUGCCGGUGUCUGGACCGUUCGUUUGUUAACACUCGCACUUCUUUUUGGUGCCAUUGUGAGCUACAUGGUCAUUGCGAUGGAUCUAUUCGAGCCGUUUCUAAAGGAUAUUAUGAGUCGUAAGACUAUCAGCUUAAUUUUUAUGCUCCUAGCCAUUCCACUCUGUCUCCCGGAUACCAUCCACGAGCUUCGUUUUGCCAACAUGCUAGUGCUGAUAUGUCUCCUUUACAUUCUUGUGGCGCUGGGCAUUCGCACAGUACAAAAUGACCACGAAUUUGCAGCUCAGAUCCCGCGAAAUUAUGCAGACGAGUUUAGCUCUGAGUUUGCUGCGCUGUCUUACGCGCUCCCCAUCGUCACAUUAAGUUUUGUGUGUCAACUUAAUGUCCCGCGCGCGUAUCAAGAAAUUCAUGACAAGCCGCAGAUGACACAUGUGCACAGGGCACUUGUGGGAUGGGGACUUUUUAUUUAUCUUCUCUUCGCUUAUCUGGGCUAUGCAUGUUUUCACGGAGAGCCACCUAGCGAUAUCUUGACGGGCUUUAAGGCUAAUGACAAGCUGAUUAAUGGAGCUCGUCUUGCACUGGGAAGCAGCAUGGUGCUCAAGGCGCCUAUGACAUUUCAACCAUUACGUCAGCUCGUUGAAAUUUGCUGUCUUGGUCAUGACCGUGAAAGCCUGACGUUCCGCACUGGUAUUACAAUUGCAUUUUUGCUAAUUGCUCACUUAUUCUCAGUAUCUUCACGUAAUUUGGGCACUGUCAUGGCAUUCGUGGGUUCAGUGUCAGGCAAUAUGCUUGCACUUACAGUCCCUGGUCUAUUCCUGUACGAAGUGUCGCGUGGAUAUCUCAUUGAGCGAGACGCUUUCUAUUCACCGCGACUUGCGCUCAUAUUUGUGUACACUGGAGCAUUUUUUGCAGCAGCUUCGCUCUCGUAUCUUUCGUAUUAUGUGCUUUUGGGCUAA